AUGAUUUUGAAAAACUACGACCAUGGUGAUGACCAAACAAUUUCAUCGGAUACAAAAAGUUUUCUAAAUGAUAAAUACAUCGAUUAUAUGAAAUUAAAGAAAAGUUUGAAAAAAAUAAGACCAAAAAAUCGAAUAUGCGAAUUGGCACAACCAAAACAUCAUUCUUCUGAACCAGGCCCAAUAUUUGAAAAGAAAUUUAAAUUCAAUAAUCAAAUUAUAAAUCUUGAUGUUAGACCACGAACAAGAUUAGAGCAAUUAGCAUUUCCAAGAGUACGGUUUCGAAGUAGAGUGUGGUCGAAAAAAGAUUGGAAAAAGCAUACAAGAGCAUUAAAGAAGCUAUCAAAACCUAAACGAAUAUUUUUACCACAACGAAUAGAGACUCGUUUAAUCCCACUUGAGGAACUUUUACCACGAAUUAAAAAAUUAUGUAAGCCAAGAAAAUUGUUUUUGCCUCCAUCUAUCUCAUCACAGAAAAAAAAACCAGAUUUAAUAAGAAUUUUUAACCUUGCAAAACCUAAGGAAUUUGAUGCUACUAUUUUUAUUAAACCUGAACCACCUAUAAUAGAUCGAAAUAAACCUUUUAAAGCAAAAAAACGAACUUUAGAGUUAGCGGAACCAAAAGAUAGAUCAACAGCUGAAUCAGAUAUGAAAGAAAAUCCAUUUCAAGUUGCACCAAAUGCUUUGAAAUUUAAGUUGAAAGAUGGAGGACGAUUAGUUUAUUUAGCUAAGCCCAAAGAAAACGAGGAACCUUCUCUUAAUCCUUAUGCUUUCACUGUAAAGAAAAAAGCAUUGAAAGCAAAAACAACAAAACGAACGAAAGAAUUAGCUAAACCUAGAAUAAUUAAAUCGUUAUGA